CGGCACUUUGAGCAGGCUGGGUUGCAGAUAACGGAGGCAGCGUCGCGGCUUGGACCAGGGAAGGCUCCCGGGAGUGCUGCUGACGACAGGUAAAGGACAUUCCGAGACCUGCUCCUCAGCUCUGACCUAAACCCUAACUCACAAUGGGGAACCACUUGACUGAGAUGGCACCCACUGCCUCCUUCUUGCCCCACUUCCAGGCCCUGCACGUAGUGGUUAUUGGGCUAGACUCGUCUGGAAAGACCUCUCUCCUUUACCGCCUCAAGUUCAAAGAGUUUGUCCAGAGUGUCCCUACCAAAGGGUUCAACACUGAGAAGAUCCGCGUACCCUUGGGGGGGUCCCGUGGAAUCACCUUCCAAGUGUGGGAUGUUGGGGGUCAGGAGAAGCUGCGACCCCUGUGGCGCUCUUACACCCGCAGGACAGAUGGGUUGGUGUUUGUGGUGGAUGCUGCAGAGACUGAGCGGCUUGAAGAGGCUAAGGUGGAACUACAUCGAAUCAGCAGGGCCUCGGACAAUCAGGGGGUGCCAGUGCUGGUGCUAGCUAACAAGCAGGACCAGCCUGGGGCACUGAGCGCAGCUGAGGUGGAAAAGAGGCUGGCAGUCCGUGAGCUGGCAGCAGCCACACUGACUCAUGUGCAGGGGUGCAGUGCUGUGGACGGGCUGGGCCUGCAGCCCGGCCUUGAGCGUCUGUAUGAGAUGAUUCUCAAGAGGAAGAAGACAGCCCGGACAAGCAAGAAGAGACGGUGACCUGAGAUACCACCCCUCCAUACCUACUAGGGGGUCUGUACGCUUGCAUAGUCAGACAGUGCCUAGGAUGUCUGUCAGCCUGGGGUUCAGGAUCUGCCCAUCUCAAUGAAGGACUGAGGAGAAUGGGGGUCCUGUUUUGGUGCCACGUUGGGGGAAGGAUGGCAGGCGGGACGUCUUUACAUCUCUCCUUCCCCCUCACCUCUGGAGAAGUUAGGGGCUAUAAGACUGUGGAGGCUUAAAUGUAAAUGCUGGCUCUACCUCGACUCUGCUUCUCUUUUCCUUUCUCUAGCUUUCUCUUUGGAUAUUUGGAGCAGGAUAGAAGCUUGCUCAGAGAGUGCAUUUGGGGUGAACGAGAGCUAUCUUUUUUCCUUUUCUGCUUCCCCAGCUAGGGAGGGUCUUUCUCCCCAGCUGCUUUUCUAGGGACAUCAGUUACAAUAGUUUUUAUUUUUGUGUCUGUGUGAGUGUGCCAAGAAUCCUUCCCCACUACCCUUUUUAUAAACUAUGUGUACCCUCUGUUAUUAUGAACUAUUUUUUUUAGCAUUUUGCCUGUAAGUUAUUAAAGAUUGAUGAUUCUAGCUCUUA